GAAUCUUGCUAAGACGAGUAUUUCAAUGAUUCUGACUGAUAGCAAAUACAUAAUAUUUACUUCUUAUAUAGAUUGUAUGUAAAGUUUCCUGGUGUUUUAAACCUGUUUACCCUAACUUCGUAAAAAUUUAAAGCGGACAUUUUGAAUGUCAGAAACUAGGCGCUGUGUACUCUAAAUAGAAACUGUGCACUUACAGAGGGAUGAUAAUAGAAUGAACACUGCAAAGAACAGAGCAUUGUCCAUCUUAGCGAGAGAGGCUGAUACUGCAGAAAGCUCUCAAAUGUCACAACGUGUCCAUCCAGAGUCAGCAUCUCAACCACAGGUUUCCCCUGCAGAACAAGUGAUGAAUAAGAGAAGACAUACUGAAACCCACAUUCAAACACAAUUUAGCAGCCACGAGAGCUUGAAUUCUGCAGCUGAACAGCUGAUAAAUGACAUAAAUAUGAAGAGAAAAGAGAACACACAGAUGAUAAUUGAAUUUAAGGAUAGCUUGGAUGUGCAGGUGCAGCAUACUUGUAGAGAGGUUGAAAAAAGAAUGUUUGAUGUGUACGAAGAGCAAGGAAAAAUUCUGCAAGUAAAAUUGCAAAACCUUUUCAUCAUUCUUGACCGAAUAUCCAAACUGGAAAUGGAACUGAAACAAUUUAGAAGAGCACUGGGAAUGUUGUAUCAGGAAGUAGUGACAGACUGACAAAGCAAUGAUGUUUCAUCUGUACAACAUAAGUAUGGGAUGGUGGAUAAGGGAAUACUGAAACUGUUAUAGUAAUUAACCCAAAAGGAAAAAUUAAUCCAACUCAAGAUGCUACUUUGUAGAAAUUAAUAAUUGCAUCGUUUGCUUUUUUUCAUUUUUUGACAAAACAAAAACUUACAGUUUAAAUAACUUUGUGUAUCCAAGUUGAAAAAGUGAUAUCUUUUUUCUUUCCAAAUGUACAUGAUGUAAUUGACUUUUGACUUUCAAAAGGGUUCUAAUAGUUUAGAAUUAUUGAUGAGAUUUAAAUUCUUAAUAAAACUGUUCAGCAUAUUACAGAGAAAAUUUAAGCUAUUUGUUGAUGUUUUGUUUCUGGCCUUAUUAUUUUUUUUCUCUAAUUCCCUAGAAAAUUUUAUCAAGCAUUGUUUGGCCAUUUUAAUCUUGUAAGGAAGCAGGUGUACAGGCAGAACUUUAUUUAUGUUUAUAGCCUGAAGAAGUUAAAUGUUUCACACACAAGAAAAAGUUAAAAAUAAAAAACUACAUGUUACUGAAA